GUUUACAGGCAGUGUGCAAAAUAAAUUCAGCAAUAUUUGAUUCGGGGUAUUUUUAAGCACCACCAUUAUAUCAAACUAGCAAAUACAACUGUCAAACAGAUCCGGUUAAUUGGCAGCAGGCAUGCCGAGGAAAUAAUCGAUAUUUUGCAAUGUAAUUAUUCUGUGUAUUUUACAUAUGAAAGGCUUGAUGAUACAUGUACUCCCCAAAAAAUAAUGGCAGAGUUCGUGAAUGUUUUUCACCUGAAAAGAUGAAAAAUCUCAGAAAAAAUUCAACCUUCAGAGGAUUUUCAUUGAAGUGUUAUCAAUGCUUAUUCGGAGGAUUCACUAUUAUUGUGAUUUUACUUUUUGUCUUUCAUCAAAAUCAUAACUUGACGUACUAUUUUAUCUAUAACAAUAAAAACAUAUUUCCAAACAUCCCCAGGGUAUCAAAAGCAAAUAAUUCCACUAAUCCAAUCAAAACAGUGCUUCUUUACAAUCCCAAGCACUGGGAAAUACAAAUACUGAACAAGUUCACAAAAGGAGGACUUUGGGAAAAUUGCCCAUAUUCCUGUCAAAUUACAACUGAUAUUAAAUCAUAUGAUAACAGUGAUGCGGUGAUAUUUGUGAUCGACUUGUUGGGAGGAGGUGAAUUACCUGUUAAAAAGACUCACCAAGUUUGGAUAUUUGCUCAAUAUGAAUCGACCGAUUAUUUGACGAAAGAAGUUGGUACCCAAUUCGUAACGCAGAGGAGUAUGAAAAAGUAUAAUCAGAAGGUGAACUGGACAAUAAGCUACAGAAGGGAUGCAGACCUUCCAUUUAUUCAUGGGUCUUAUAGUGUCAAGAGAAAUAACGAUAGAGGAAGAAAGAAAGACUCGAAUACUAAACGUGGCAUCGCUUGGUUUGUAUCCCACUGCGAGACCUCUUCUAGAAGAGAAAUCUUUGUUAAUUUACUGAAGAAAACCACGGCAAUAGAUAUAUAUGGUCAUUGUGGCUCUUUAAAAGCCCAGAAUUGCCCGAAAUCAAGAACAGAUGCCAUCAGGGAAUGCUGGGGCUUAAAAGAAAGUAAAUGUUUCGACAUUCUUGAUACAAAGUAUAUGUUUUAUUUGUCAUUUGAAAACGCAAUGUGUCGUGAUUACAUCACAGAAAAAGGCCUUCAUCACGUGACUCAACAUGACAUCAUCCCAAUCAUGAGAGGAAGUGCAAAUUAUUCUAUUUUUAGUCCGCCAAAAUCAUACAUAGACACAAAAGACUUUUCCUCUGUACAACAGUUGUCAAAAUACCUUACAAAGGUGGAGAAAAACAAAGAUAUGCAAGAAGAAUUCUUACACUGGAAGAAACAUUAUGAAUCCCAGUAUCCAAUAGAAAACUGGCGCAGUAAUAUGUGCAAUAUUUGUCAGCGACUAAAUAAUCCCACAAAAUAUACAAGAAUAUAUAAUGAUAUAUACAAAUGGAUUGUUACACCAAAUAAUCGAGAUGGAUGCUCUGUAUCCAGGGACUUGUAGAUGUUGAAAUGGAUGUGAUAAUAAAAAAAGGUUAUAAACGUGUACAUAUUUAUAUGCACGUGUAUAUGUAUAAAAAUUUCUUCUAUGAUCAGCUGUUUAAUGUUAAAAUUGCGUUUGUGCUGCAUAUGAGUAUUGUUUGCUUCAAAAGGCCCGUACGUGUUCUUUCAUAUGAUUGUUAUAAUUACAUACCUCACAACCUUUAUCUUUUUAUUAUUAAUGUGUUUCAGUAAUUUUAACUUGAAUGGAUUUGAUAAGCACGAAUGUGACCACUUAUAGGAUAAUGAAUUGAUAAUGAAUCUUUUAGAAAUUAUUUUAGUCAUAGAUUACACAGACCUGCGUUUGACCAAUGAAGAUUGUUUCAAGACCCAAGAUUUUAACAACACUUAAACAAUUUCUUACAGGUCUGACACAUAAUACAUAAUGUAAAAACUCGUAUUGUUUGCUGAAUUCUUGUUGAUAUUGUAAAUUAUACAUGUAGUAAGGUGGAGUUCCAAAUUACCAAGAUCGUUUAGUACAAAAUCUAAUAGUAUCAUUUUUGUAAUAAAAUACCGGUAAAUUAUGCUUUUUUUUAUCAUACUAAAUA